UGGCAACGGUGCUGACGUCAUCAAGGUGAGGCCUGACUGCGGGACACCACAGGUGCGAUUUUUUCCCGCGAACGACAGGCUUGGAUUUUUCUCCUGGAAAAUUCGUACUUUAUGUGGACAAACUUAGACCAGUAGUUUCUUCUGGAUACACUUUUCGUUGGGAAAAGUCCAUGGAAUAUGGAAUUUUGAGACAAGAUGGACGGAUGACCGGUACAAAGAUGCAGAUGUACAGAUUUCUGCUGACGCUCGCGGCUGUAGCUACAGCGGAAUACGCUGGCUGGUAUGUGAUGUCUAGUUGUGGAGGCGCAGUGCAACCUGGUAAUGUAGCCACUAUCACCAGUCCUGACAUCAUCGGCCCCUGUACGCUGGAGUUCUGGUACACCAUGUUCGGGGUGGAUCUGGAUAUGUCAGUCUACCUGCUACAGAGGGGGCAGAAAACACAGAUCUGGCACAUGGCGGAUGUGAACGAAGACUUCUGGCAGCAAGCUAGUAUUACACUGUCUCCACCCAUGGAAGGGGCAUACCAGGUUGUUUUUGAGUCCGUGAAGGGAACCAACUUCUUGUGCAAUGUGGCCUUUGAUGACGUCAAACUAGCUCCAGCUCCACUACUGAAGUGCGACUUUGAGAGCACAGGUCCCUGCGCCUUGAGACAGGAUGUCAGCGAUGUGUUCGACUGGAGAUGGCAACAGGGCAUGACAGACACUCGAGAAGAUGUCCUAAACAGGAACUUAACCGCCAUAGCACCAGAUCUCCUCACAGGACCGGAGUACGACGUCACAAUCGGGCCGGAUGGAAAUGGUACGUACAUGUACGUGGAGUCGUCAGUCCAGUCAGCUGGUCACCACGCUCGUCUGUCGUCUACAGAACUCAGCGGACAGUGUCUGGAGUUCUACUUUCACAUGACGGGACGUCAUUCUGGUACGUUGAAGGUAUACCAGCAGUCUGUGUACGAGAACGACACAACAGAACAGCUGAUCUGGGAAGUGUCCGGUAGUCAUGGUGACGUGUGGCACAGAGCAGCAGUCAGCCUCAACAUCACCAACAACUUCUAUAUACGCUUUGAGGCUGAGGUGGGCGGUUACUACAGUAACAUAGCCAUAGACGAGGUCAGAACUUUGGACCAACCAUGCACGUUGGCAGGCGGCUGGGGUGCUUGGGAAGACUGGACGGAGUGUGACGCGGAGUGUGACGGCGGGACCCAGUCCAGGGCGGCGUACUGUGAGAACCCCUACCCUGUCUUCGGACACUUUUGUGAGGGGGACGACGACGGCGACAUGAAGAGGGUAGAAGUCAGGACGUGUAACACACAGCCGUGUCCCACUACCGCGGUACCGACUACCCCUCCAAAAACAACCAGUGAAACAACGGUGGAGACAACAACCGUGACAACGCCCGAACCAACCACAACGGCGCAGACGACAACCAUGGAAACUACAACCAUGACAACCACCAUAGAAACGACCUUGGAGACCACGACAGAAACGACCAUCGUCACCACGCCUGAGCCAACCACAACUGAGGAACCAACAACGACUCCUAUGGCAACGACUACAGAAGAGCCAACCACGACUGAGCCGGAAGUGACGACAGAGGCUGAGCUAACCACGGUGGAAGAGACGACCACUGACGUCAUCACCACGACAGAGGAAGUGACGACACCGGAAGUGACGACAGAACAACCAACUACAACCACCACCACAACGACUGCAACGACAACAACCACGGGGGCCAUCACGACAGACCAACCAACCACCCUACCGACAACCACCACCAAAACCACCACAACAAAAACAACAACCACUCCCAAACCUACAACUGUUUCUACAACUACUACAAAACCAGCCACAACUACAACCACCACGACUCCACCUCCAAAGCCUGACGCCACCCCCGGAAAGCCCGUUACACAGAAGCCGGCGCCGCCACAGAAGACCGACAAGCCCGGGGAAUUCGCUAAUCUUCAGGGAGGCGAAGCCGCGAAGUCCAGUAACACCGGGAUGGUGGUGGGAGUGGUGUGCGGGCUGCUCGCCCUGCUCCUCCUCCUGCUCGCCAUCAUCCUCUUCAUCAGGAAGAAGAAGCAGAAGAGCGCGGGCAGAGUCUCCCCCUCUCCGGAAGAGUCGGAACUGCAGCCGCCCCCACCAAGGCGCCAUCAGUGGGAAGCACCCGACUCUGAGGCGUGAUCAACAGCAAAGAACUAACACAGAACAAUAAAUACCUAAUGUUAUAUGAUAAAUACAAGCAGGAACAAAUCAUUUUGGUCUUUAUAGAAAAGCCAUUUAACAUUAUUGUAGAAAACAACUCUUUAUAGUAGUAAAUCCAUUUAACACUUUUGUAGAAAACAUUACUGGCUGCUGUUUGAGCUAGUAGUAAGAGUUUAUUAGGGCUAUCAAAUCCCAAUUCAUUUGUGCUAACAUUGACUCAUUGUAAACACCUAUUCAAAUGACCACACUCUCUAUAAAUGGAAUGGAAAAUUCUCAAUUCAUUAUCAUCUUUUAAAAUCUUUCAAUGUUGUAACGAUGUAAGGAAAAUGAUGGCUGCAUCUAAAAUUUUAGAUGGCUGCAAUAUGAGCUACUGCCUGGCAUUAUAAGAGUUGUAUUGUCUUCGUAAACUUAAGUUGAAUAUAGAGCCAUUUAUUUAGCAUUGUUGGUCAUGUUCUAAGAUUCUGACAGAAAAUUAAGAAUUCAUUGUUCUUUUGGUAUUAAAAAUGUGUCUAAUGUGUCUUAAUACAAGCAAAAGAUACCUUUCAAAUAGGGAUUAUGUAAAAUUCCAUACAUACUUUGUAAUGAGCUGUAAGAUAAAUUAUUGCUAAGAUAUGUUGACGUUUAGUGACGAAGUUGCGCCCAGGAUGGGUGUAAUAAAUGUGUGCACAUA